CGUAUUUCCCGUGUUUGUGAGUAGUUGUGGAUUAAUUUGCAAACCUCGAGGGUCGGUUGCCGUUCUCGUGUGAUAAUUUAGCGUCACAGAACCCUGACAUAAUUCGAAAGUUGAGUGUUUACAGUGUCGGUUGUGUCGACGGAAAUAAUAAUGGCUGAACAGCUGUUUAACAGGACUUUGGCUGUGACCGUGAGAUCGUCCGAUCGAGAUGACACGAAAAGAGUUCACAUUAAGAUAACAGUUGAACUGCACUCCAUAACAACGCCAUUGCAUAAAAAGGAACUAGUAGUUCGCCUUACUGAUGAUACUGAUCCUUUUUUUCUGUAUUCAUUAACAAUUGGUGAUGAAGAUUUUCAAAGUUUAAAAGCACAGCAGGGUUUACUGGUAGAUUUCAGUGCAUUUCCACAAAAAUUUAUCGAUCUCCUUCAGUUGUGUCUUGAAGAGGAGUCCAAAGAGUCACCAAAAUUUCUUCUUCAACUGAUAACAUCUGGUGGAAUAGAGAGAGGAUUAUCCCAUUUAAAUGUUAUAGAGACUAAUCCAUUCAAACAUCUAACCCAUCUUUCAUUGAAAUUUGUACCUGGUAAUGACGCUGAUGUCAAGAAAUACUUAGCUGCUUGUCUCAAACAACUCAAGGAUGAAAAAUCUGCUCUUCAAAACAGAUUAGCUGCAACUGAGAGCGAACUCAAUCAUCGAUUGAAGCAAACACAAGAGGCAUUGUCUGAAAGAACUGUUGAAUUGGAUAAUAUGCGAGCGGAGUGGACUUCUAAAGCCAGUAAUUUAACUGCAAGACAUACCCAGGAAGUGACUGCUCAUAGAGAGAAAACAUUACAAAUCCAAACAGAACUUCAGAAUAAAUAUGAGCAAGAAAGAAAAAAUACCAGUGAGAAACAUCAAAGGAUAUUAGAACAGUUGGAAGGAAGACUUGCAGUCCUAGAGUCUACAAAUAAGGAAUUGACUGACAUAAAGUACAGGUCAGAAGCAACAAUUAGAGAACUACAAGCUAAGAAUUGUGGAUUGGAUGAGGAACUGAAUAGUGUGAAGACAGAUCUGCAGAAUAUACGGCGUCAGAACACCAACCUAGAUAGCGAAUGCCAUGACAGAGAUAAAACUAUGAAUCAGUUACGUAUGCGAGUUGCUGUUUUGGAGCAAGAGACAAAAGAUAAGGACCAGGUUAUAACCCGGACAAAUGAUGUCAUGGAAUCAAUACAGGAACAGAAGAGAAAAUUAGAAGAAACCAUUAACCAAAGGGAAUCACAUCUUCAUAAAAUGGAAAAAACAGUCAAAGCAUCCUCAGAAGAAGUCAGAAAGGGUAAUGAAAUUAUUAAACGUUUACAAGGUGAACUGAAAGCAUCAAUGGCUAAGAUGAAGUUGAAGAAUUCAGUGACCACUCAACAAGAGAAGUUACUUAAUGAGAAGGAACAACAAGUACGCAAACACAGUGAAGAAUUAUCUGCAUUGAAAGUGGAUUUUAAAACCAAAGAAGAAGAGAACAAGAAAUUAACCGAAUCUUUAGAAAACACCAUGCAGAAACUAGAAGAGAGUAAACAACUACUGAAGACAAAUGAAAAUGUCAUCAACUGGCUGAAUAAACAAGUGAAUGAAGCACAGUUAACGCAGCGUCAUGGUACAUUUGAGAUGCCUCCAAGUACCACCACAACUAGUUCUUUUAAACCCAUCGUUAAUCCAUCAAUGCCACAGCACCACAACUAUAGUACUCCUAGCAGUAUGAACUAUAGUACAGCUAGCCACCUCACAUGUAGUAGCAUUGGUAGUGUAAAUAAUCCACAUCACUAUCACAGAGCUAAUGUACCAUCUAAACCAACCCAGUUACAGGUACAUUAUAAUCCACUGGCAGUGCGGAAAAGCAAUCUACAAAUAUCAACACAUGCAAAUGUACCCGCAAUACCUGAAGAAAUCUCGCCGAGACUAUUUAAGUCAUCUACUCCGCCAGUUGAUGCAAAGUCCAGCAAACCAAGUGAACCCCUAAUUGAUGCUAAAUAUCUGCAGAAAAGAGACGAUGUGAUAUCGAUAAAAGGAUUGAGCAAAGCCACAACACAGAUGCAAUCCUCAGCUGCAACUGGCCAUACCAUUACACCGCCGCAACAUAAUUCUCUAAGACUCAGUCAAGCUGGUAUUGUACCAAAACUUGGAAGUAACAAACCAAUGCCAACGCAACCUCCUCUGUCAAGUGCCUAUUUUCCUGGUAGUUCAAGUCAACAGAUACAAGCCCAGUCGUAAUGUUAUAAAAUGAGUAUUCCUAUAGAAUACACAUAUAUUAUAUAUAUAUAUAAUGACUGGAAUGGUGGAUAUAUGUUGAAUUGAGUUUUCUCUGACAUGUUUUUGGAUAAAUGUCACAGGCAGUGAUAAUAUAUACCUGUCUUUGCUGUGUAAGGUUUCCUACGCCUUUGGGUAUAAUAUUGAUUUUUAAAUAUUUGAUACUAAUAUAACCAUCAUAAAUGUGAUACACCAUGAGUCUAAGAUAUCUCAAGUUGUGAUCUUUUUUUGUUUUCACAUAUUUAUUUCACUAUAAAAUGUAUUUUAUUUUACACAAUCACCUCGGAUCAAAAGUACUACUAGCAUUAUCAUUUUCAACAUUCUAUUUAGCUGGAUUCAACAGAAUUGAAGUGACUUGAGUAUAAUACCGAUCAUAACUAGAAUACUGUGGAAUACUUUACUUUCGCGGGAAUUAAUUUUCGCUGAAAAGGCUUUUUGGGUGUUUUGCUUGGAAUUUAUUUUCACUGAUUUUUCAUGAGUUUAAUGUGAAAUAUAGGGAAAACAGUAUAUUCGCUGGAUUUUAUUUUCACGGAAUCAUUCCUUCAGCGAAAAUAAAUUCCAAGCGAAAAUAAAGUAUUCUACAGUAUCAUGAACUAUGACAUAUCGUUUCUAUUUAAGGGGUGAUAAUGUGUGUGUUUUGAUGGUGAUACUAGCAAACGUUCUUAUUCAGGUAUUUGGAUAUUAUUUUAUAUAGGUGAUAGAAUUCUUACAAUUUUUUUAUGGAUGUUUUUUUUUUUUUUUUCAUUUUUCACUGUGAUGUAUAUUUUACCAGUAAUCUAUCCAAAAUAUCGGUAAAUUGUAUGAUAUAUGAAUUUUUAAAUAAUAUUAACUUACAUAUUGUGUUAGGAAAAAUAACUCAUUGAAAUGUUCUACUGCCAUAACUUACUCUCAUUCAUAUUUGGUACUUAUAUGUGGUUUCUAUUCAAUAUAAUUUUUUUAUAUUGUUUGUCCCUUUUCUUUGUCAUUUAUUUUUUGUUUUACCGGUAUCACUGUUUUAAGCUGCCAAUACAACAACUCUUGCUGCAGUCGUACUUUCCCUUCUCUUAGUUUUGAGAUGAAUUUAUUGUUUGAGGAAUGUGAAUGUGUUUUUUUUUUUAUUGUCAUAUUUUUUUCAAAAUUUUCUCUGCAGUUCUUUUAUUGUUUUGUUUUUCAAACUCUGCACCCUUCCUCC